AUGAGGAAUUGCCCCCAUAAACAGGAGCUUAUCCUGGAUAGGCCCCCGGUUCCUGUUACAUCCCCUGUCUAUGUUACAUCUCCGGUCGGUGAUGAGUUUUCUUUACCGUUAGUUGAGAUCAGGUUCCCGAACCUGAGAGACACGAUCGGCACUCUGGUCAACUUUCUGCUAUCAGACAAACCGAUGGAUGUGAGAUUUGAUCGUAUUCCAUAUAGGACGGUGAUAAAGGAUGUUGGAGGCCCUGCGACAUUUGUCGGGAUGGCAUAUGGCACCAUUGAUCCACUGGUCACACUGAUGCAGCAAAAGUUUGUUAGUGUAAAGAUAUUCGCAAAAAAACAAGCCAUGGGCCCAGACCCUUGGCACUGGGAUAAUGGGGGAUAUCUGGACUACAUAACAGAUACUCGCAGCCUUGCCUAUUGGCGUGCUUAUGUUGGUCAAUCCGAAAACCUUCAACGGCGGAUAUCCGAGCAUAUUGCAGCCAUUCGCAAGGGCUCUGUCGACAGUCUACACUACUAUGUUGUCAAGGAAGGAGUCGGCCGCCGCUCUGCGAACUUCAUCCGACUAUGGACAAUUCCUUUUCCUGGGAAAACCGAACGAACGAUGAAACGAGUUUUCAACAAUGUGCUUGAGAAAUUUAUGUGUCACGCUUUCCAAUCGCUUCCUUCUCGGACACUGGAACAAGCUUUUGGACCACAUCCGACUGGUCGGUAUUCGGGGGUUGGCUUGAACGUUGUAUCACCUCUUCCUCAAGGCAAAGAACUUGCACCUUGUGUCCGUGGUCAAGCUGUAUACCUACUCGAGAACUCCCCUGACCCUGAAAUUCGGAAAUGGCCCGCCUUCAGAAAAGAUCUUAGGUCUCAGGGAAACCUACAGUCUCGGGAGAACAUCCAGCCGUCAUUUAGGCACCGGAUGAGUCUAGCCGACCAUCAUGCAGCUUUUCGGGACGCUAUAACAAGUGCUGGUCUAGAAGAGAGCCCCUUUCUACAUCCUAGAGAUUAUUUAUGGGAUACGCAAGAAGAAAAGCUCAUAAAUGUCAGCUCUUGGUUUGAGUCUAUAUCGACUCAAAUAUUGAACCAGAACAAUCUAGCUCUGGCCGACCUUGAACCACCGUUUGGAACCCCUGAGGCCUCAAUUGGUAUUUUUCUGGACUACGCACCAUCUUAUGCGUACGAGGAUGGCAGGACUAAUCUUCCGUGGGGUUCAAAAGAGAGCGGUUUCACAGAAUCAAAUUCUCUGAUCUGGGCAUUUAACCUCCAAAAGUUUAGACAUAUCCCCGGAACGUUCCAGGCUGCUCCGCUUUGCGUAUUUGAUGAAGAAAUGCUUUCUGAACACACUCGUCGGCUCAUUGUUGGAGGUCGGAUGCGAGUGAUCUUGCUCUGUGGCCCUAACGCAGAAAGAAUAGCGAUGCCAGCCAACAUAAGCUUCAGAGAAAUUACUUUGAAGCUACAUGACUUUAAAUAUCAAGCAUGGCUUGACAUGAGAAGUCCUGAAGCUCGCAGCUUUCGUAUUUCCCGGGUGUUCAUUCGCUCUCCAGCGCCUUUGUCAGGUCUUUGGUCUAUUAAGGGGGGGGAGGCAUGCCGACUUAGCACUCUACUUCGGUUCCUUGCGGAUAUUACAGGUGUACAAAUCGUCCCAGGAUUCUAUGAGUCAGCUCUCUUGGUUGCCCUGAUUGUCCGGAACUGGGACGACGAGAACAAUGGAAGAAUCGAAAAGGUAGCACCGGAAAACCUUGACUCUCUCUUGCAAGCAUGGCUUGCAAACAAUGGGUUCACAGACGAAGAGCAUAUUCGCCGACUCGAGAAGGCCGCCGGAGGCUCUUUACGUUACGGCCUUCUUGUCCUCAGCCUUGUCCUACCCAGACGAAACGGACCAUGCGGUCACUGUCGGAUUCCUGCUUCAGCAAUUAGGCGACGAGGUACCAUUGACCCUGAAAUUCUGACUGAAGUCCGAUCACUUUUGUUAGAACUUCAUCCUAAAAGCUCAGUCGUUGAAGGGGAUGAUGAUAUAGAUGACCAUGCUGUCGAUGAAAUGGCCUCAUGGGGACAUGUCUUGGACGGGGAAACAUCAGACAGGGAAGCCACUGAGAAUGAACAGAAUCUGGCGCAAGAGUCAGCUGCUAAUAAGCCCAUUCGGAAUUUCAAAAACCGGUUGAAUAUAGCAUUAGGUUGCUGGUAUCAGGGCCGGGAGCAAGCUCCAGGUCAUUACAGUGUUGAUAUUCAACACACCAAGAUAUACAUAGAUUCGACUAGGAAGAACCAUCGAGAUGGUUUCUGGAUCAAAGCUGAGCUCUCACCGGCUGGAGUGAGAAACCCAAAUGUCUGGGCGCAAGAUGUCAGGGAUGGUGAUCCCGGUGCUCGGCUUGCGUUCCGAAUAUCGAUAAGAGAGGCCGAUAGCUGGCAGUCGUGUUGCAAAGCCAACACUCUUGUGGAUGAGCUCAACGGCGACGAACUCCCCGACAUCUGUGUACGGCCUCGGCGAUUCGUCGACAUAGAUCGCCGGAAUGUCAAUAUACUUGCAGCUUACCCCAUGCUGAAGGACUUCACUGGUGGUGCAUACACUGACGACCAGGGAAAUGUAGUGCCCCGCACCAAGAAGGAUAUAUCCCAGUUGUCAAAAUCUGAGUUAUAUUUGCAACAUGAGAUGUCUAACAGGACUCAUUGGGACGCAAGCCACUGUGCAAUCCAUCAAUCAAUAGCACAGCUUAAUCCGAACGAUAUACUGGUUUUGUAGUUCGGAAUAUGCAGCAGAUCAUGUUUCUGACACCCAUAUAUAUCUUUGUGGGGACGACGAACAGACCGUUGCGAGAGUUUAUUUGCCUGUCGUCUCCCAAUAAAUCACCGCCUCCAAGCCGCAAGGGACCUGAUCAAUACUUUCAGACGGCAGCUUUCGAACGUCAAAAGUGACAUCGGGGAUGUGAAUAGUAACCCCUGAG